GCUUUAAGUUUUCUACGGAUCGAGGAACUCUUUACCUCAAGUGCGCAGUUGAUGUUUUACAUACAGCGCAGGCGCAAAUAGAGUGAUGUUUCUUUGACGUGUCCCGGAAGCGGAUUUGGUGGAUUUCCGUAAACAAACAUCGGAGGCGACCUGGUUCCUGUCAUGGCGGGGACGGCGCUGAAACGGCUGAUGGCCGAAUAUAAACAGUUGACACUGAAUCCACCGGAAGGGAUUGUGGCAGGACCCAUAAACGAAGAAAAUUUCUUUGAAUGGGAAGCUUUGAUCAUGGGCCCAGAAGACACAUGUUUUGAGUGUGGAGUAUUCCCAGCAAUUCUCAGCUUCCCUCUAGAUUAUCCUCUGAGUCCUCCUAAAAUGAGAUUUACCUGUGAGAUGUUUCACCCAAACAUAUACCCAGAUGGUCGGGUGUGCAUCUCAAUCCUACAUGCUCCAGGAGAUGACCCCAUGGGCUAUGAGAGCAGCGCUGAGAGGUGGAGUCCUGUACAAAGUGUUGAGAAAAUUCUGCUCUCAGUUGUAAGCAUGUUGGCAGAACCCAAUGACGAAAGUGGUGCAAAUGUGGAUGCCUCGAAGAUGUGGCGAGAGGACAGGGAGCAGUUUAACAAGAUAGCCAGACAGACUGUGCAGAAAUCACUGGGAUUGUGAUAAGAUGCUUCAGUAUUGCGCACCAAGAACAAGGAUUCCUUUUGUAUUUGUUUUACUGCCUAAGAGAUACUGUUGAAUAGUCCAUGCAAUUCUGGGAUCUCAAAAUCUUUUGGAAAAUUGCUGGUUUGGAGAUUUCUAUUUGACUUUGUUUCCAAAUGAUAUGCUCAAUUUCUGCACAUCACUAGUUGUUGUUUAAUGGAGAAUUGGUUAUUCAGCAAUCCUGGUAUGUAUCAGAAUCAAUAGAAAAUGCUGAAUACUCAAGUUCUUAAAUUCCUACAUGGACUUUGGACCCUUAAAGCUAUCAAGUACAAUUCAUAACAGUAUUCUCAUACAGCUCACCAGCAUCUAAAUGUAUUGGAAAUAGUUUUUUUCUUCUAUGUAUUGGGUUUUGCAGGUGAUUUUCUAUAGAACACCCUUUGAAGAACUUUGUCAUUGAUGAAAAAUAAUGACCAGCGGUUGGGUAUAGCUAGAAUUGGUAACCGUUCCUAUGAGCUUUCACUUUUCUUUUCAUUCUGUAUUCAGCAAAUCCUACAAAACCCUUUAUCAGGCUUUCAGUUACAUAUAUAGGGUCCACAGCCUUCCAUAUAGUGUUAGUGGCAGUUUAUGCUGUUUGUGUACAAAUCCUUUAUAAGCCAGCAUUGCUAAUAUGGGGAAGGUCCGAACAGCUGUAUUAUGUUCUGACUCUUCUUCCUAUAAUAAAGAAGUGAUAUGAAAUGUG